GUUUCUAGCAGGUUCCCAGCUAGUGCAAGGGCAUAAUGCUCAAAAGAUCAGGCUAGAAACACCCUGUGGAUUUGACGGCAAAGAAACAGAAAAAGUUCUAUUCUUCCUCCUCCUUUCAAAGACAGCCCAAGGGAAUAGAAGCCACUCACAAAUUCUACUAAAGAAGUAAAAUUUAUAAUCUAUAAAGUGGAUAGAAAACAACUGGUUUACCUGUAUGAUCAAGAAAGGUGUUUUACAAACGAUUAGAAGAACUGAUUUUUUCUGAGAAUCAUUGUCUGCGAAAUUGAUAUCUUGCUAUUUAGUCCUAAAGAAGAACCAGACCUCUUGGAAACCACUUUAAUCAGACCUAAGAGUUUGAGAGAAGCAGGUGCUGAACCUUAAUUUGUCCCCUGAACAAGAAAAAUGGGCUGUGAUCGAAACUGCGGGCUCAUCGCUGGGGCUGUCAUUGGCGCAGUCCUGGCUGUGUUUGGAGGUAUCCUAAUGCCAGUUGGAGAUAUGAUUAUUGAGAAGAAAAUUAAAAAGGAAGCUGUUCUUGAAGAAGGUACAAUUGCUUUUAAAAAUUGGGUUAAAACAGGCACUGAAGUUUACAGACAGUUUUGGAUCUUUGAUGUGCAAAAUCCAGAGGAAGUGGUAGUUAACAGCAGCAACAUUAAGGUUAAGCAAAGAGGUCCUUACACAUACAGAGUUCGUUAUCUAGCCAAGAAUAAUAUAACUCAUGACCCUCAAAGCCACACAGUCUCUUUUUUACAACCCAAUGCUGCCGUGUUUGAACCUUCACUGUCAGUUGGAUCAGAGAAUGACAGUUUCACAGUUAUCAAUCUGGCUGUUGCAGCCGCACCCCACAUCUAUCAAAACGCAUUUGUUCAGACGAUACUCAAUUCACUUAUCAAAAAGUCAAAAUCUUCUAUGUUCCAAACCAGAACUGUGAAGGAGCUGUUGUGGGGCUACAAGGAUCCAUUCUUGAGUUUGGUUCCGUAUCCUAUUAACACUACUGUUGGUGUAUUUUUUCCUUACAACAAUACUGCAGAUGGAGUUUAUAAAGUUUUUAAUGGAAAAGAUGACAUAAGCAAAGUUGCCAUAAUUGACACUUAUAAAGGUAAAAAGAAUCUCUCCUAUUGGCCAGGUUAUUGUGACAUGAUUAAUGGCACAGAUGCAGCCUCAUUUCCCCCUUUUGUUGAGAAGACCCGGGUGUUGCAGUUCUUUUCCUCUGACAUAUGCAGGUCAGUCUAUGCUGUGUUUGGAUCUGAAAUUAAUCUGAAAGGAAUUCCUGUGUAUAGAUUUGUUCUUCCACCCAAGGCCUUUGCAUCUCCACUUCAAAAUCCAGACAAUCAGUGUUUCUGCACAGAAACAAUUGUCUCAAAGAAUUGCACAUCAUAUGGUGUCCUAGACAUUGGCAAAUGCAAAGAAGGAAAACCUGUAUACAUUUCACUUCCUCAUUUUCUAUAUGCAAGCUCGGAUGUUAUGGAACCUAUUGAAGGCUUACAUCCAAAUGAAGAAGAACACAGGACAUAUUUGGAUGUUGAACCUACAACUGGAUUUACUUUACAAUUUGCAAAACGGCUGCAGGUCAAUCUAUUGGUCAAGCCAGCAAGAAAAAUUGAGGCAUUAAAGGGUCUGAAGAAGAACUAUAUUGUACCUGUCCUUUGGCUUAAUGAGACUGGUACCAUCGGUGAUGAAAAAGCAGAAAAGUUCAGAAAACAAGUGACUGGAAAAAUGAGGCUCCUUGGACUGGUUGAAAUGGUCUUGCUUAGUGUUGGUGUGGUGAUGUUUGUUGCUUUUAUGAUUUCAUACUGUGCAUGCAGAUCAAAGGAAGUAAAAUAAGCAGCAAAUGGAGUCUUUGCACUUAUGCACCAGCUACAUCAGAACAUCUGGUAACAUCGGUCUACAAAAUGAAGAUGUAAUAUGCUUUAUUUUUACAAAACACACCUUACCUUUAGUGGAAGAAACGACGGCAUUACUUUUUUGCCCCAACCAGCAGCACGUUUCUAAAGGAUUAUCAAGGUGCCAUUAAAAUCCAUACUAUGAACCAAAAACCACAUGCCUUCUAAAAGUCAUCACUUACAAAACUGAUCUGAUUUCAGUUUCUACAGACCUGGCUCAAGCAUGAACCAGUUUGGUACUGAUUCACUAACUGGUUCCCUGGUGGCAUAUUCAGCAGAGGUUGUGGACAUCUAAACAAAUCCUGUCUUCCUCAUCAAGGUGUAAGCACCAUCAUCCUCACCAGGGUCCUGUCCCUGUUUGGUUGUAACAGGCAGAUCCCAGGACUUUCAAUAGUACAUCACACUUUAUGGGCACCAAAUAUUUUGAAAGACAUUUAAUAAUGAAAAAGAAGUGACUGGCUUAUUGGUUUAUCAGCCGUUUAUUAUCUACUACUUCAGUUUCUUUAUGGAAGCUUUGUACAGCCACAGUAGGUAUCAUAACCAUUUUUCUUCCUUUCUAACAAUAUGGGCUUAUAUAUAUUUUGUCACUGAACAUGCAAAUGGAUAUCCUUUUUAGCACAUUUUGGCUCUUUAUGUUUAAGGACUUUGUCACUUUCCAAGUUCUGCAACUGUUCUGGAAAAUCUGAGUAGACUUUGACCUUUCUAUGCAGCUGUAACUUAUGCUUGGCAACCUGAGAAUGCUGUGCUAGUAUUAAAAGAUGUAAAUGAUAAUAAAGGAAUUAUUGUAUGGAAGAUUCCAAAGAGUAGAAAGUGCAUUAACAGUUGGUUCUAGUAUAUCUUGCUUUCACAGAGACCUCAGAAAGACUGUUUCAACCAUUAAAAGAUCUUCUUUCAGUUUCAGUGCUUUGCCGAGUUCCUGUGCUGUUGCAAAAAUUUUGCUUUAAUUUUCUGUCUGAGGUAUUCUUUCUGAAUCCGUAUAUCUUUAUGAAUUCAUGUUUCUUUCUGAAAUAUUCUGUCUGAAUUCAAUUUUGACCACUUUCUACUAGGCAAUUUUUAAGCCAAUUGAAGGAAAAUUUAAAAAAGAUAAUUUGAUUUUGUGUUUUACAGCAGCUGGAAUUGAGGUCUCGACUGUGCAGUUAUCUUUUUAUUAGCAGACACAUUGAUAGGUAACCCUGCUUUCUUUAGCAGAGAUUCACUGAUUGCAGAGAAUACUAAUCUUCCUUAAAAUCUCCAGCAUAGAAGGGGAAUCCAGCCCAAUUCUGCCUUGUGAUUUACACACGGAGGAAUGCAGGAUGAAGAAGUAGUAACUGGCUUGUUGGCAUACUGAAAUUAAGAAUAACUUGGCCUCCUUAUACAAGAUACCAGGGUAAAUGCUGAAAAAUCCUACUGAAAACCCAAAAGCAAGACACCAUAGAUUUGGAGGGCUCUGAAAAAUCCAUAGAGACUCAAAAUAUGCUGAUUGAGUGCCUUGCCAUUUAAUUGGAGGAAAAAAAGUAUUAUUCUAAGAUAUUGAUAUGUAAGAUGAUUUUCUAGACAUCCUCCCUGAUAAUCAAAAUAAAAGUAUACUUUCUUUAUAUUAGUGUGUUUGGGGAUAUGUUAAUCUAAAAGAAAUAAAAAGGAAAAUUCUUUAAUUGUUGAGAUAUGUAGUGAUAAACUAUGUAAAGUGGAAACUGUGCAAAAGAGUUGAGUGAGGAAAUAACCUAUGUACCUCACAUAAGGUCUAUACAGCCAAUCAAUGUCUCUGAUCUUAACAUCGUCAUACAGAAAUUAUUUUCCACAUCAUGACAUUUAAGUAUCUGGGAAAAGAUUUCGAUUUCUGUGUCCUUAGUAUUGUUUAACUAAAUACAUAUAUAUUCCAGUCUUGUUUUCAUUCCUCAGCGUAUCCUUUCUCUAAAUUCUAUAAAAUAUGUACAAAAGACAAUCCGUAUACAAAGACAAAUGGAUUAUCUUAAAGAUAUCCAGUAGGAAAAAUUAUACUUUCUUCAAAUAAUGAGAGGUAGGCUUUUUGAUAAGAAAAACGGCAGUUUAGAUUUGUGUGUGUGUGUAUGUUUUGGGGUAGGGGGCACUUUUGGAUGUAUAUUAAAUGUGUGACUUUUUGUUUUACCCUAGUGAAAGUGUUUGGUUUUCAGUGAGGGUAAAUGUUUGACUGUUUAUUAUUGUAUAUGGAUGAAAUUGUAUGCUUUAUUCCAUAUAAAGA